ACAGUGAACAUUGUGAAUAGGGCUUUUCAUUCACAGUCAUUUGUUUCGAGCUUCUGUCAUGUGUCACUUAAUAUUAACAUAUCUACGCCAUACGUUAUUGAUAUAUACCAAUGAUACAAACCAAAGACGUAUGACGUAGAUAUAUUAAUAUUAUGUGACACAUGACAGAAGCUCGAAACAAAGGACAAUCGAUGAAAAGCCCUAUUGAUUGAGAUUGUUGUUAUGUGUUAUGUUUAUGUUGUAUUGUAUGUCGUAUGCUGGUAUGUUUAGUUUUCACGUUUUACUUCAAUUGUUCUGUUCGUGUCUUCCGCUCACUGGUUCUUGUUUAAGUUCAACAAUUAUUCAACUCAAAACUCAACUAAAAUUCGGUGACCAUGAUGUGUUAUGUGUUGUAGUUGUAUUGGAAACAUCGUCUACAGAAAACAUUAGGUUUGAAAACUCUCUCUCAAAAUCUUGAAGGCUACACUCAGCAGAAUAUUAAAAGAAUUAGACAAUAGAUAUAAGUACAGACACUGAUCGCUGAGGCAAGACAAAAGUGUUUCCUCUAGAGUUAAUGAAGGAUAUUAACCCAUAAAAAGAAGAAAAUAUUGUGGAGUUAUGUUGUGACCUUGUUUCAUGUUAAUAUGGUUCUGAAAUGAAAAUAUCUCAGUACCCCACUUUGUACACUUGGUUACUCUACUCUGUAGUAUAAACACAAUACUGAAACAGAUAAAAUCAUGUCUGAUCAAAUAGAAGUAAAACAAGAAUUUAGUGAAGUAUGUAAACAAGAAGAAGAUGAUGAUGAGGUGGGUGAUGCACUACUGGAUACCUCUAAAAUCGAGAUCAAGGAGGAGCCUAAGAAGGAACGUGCCAAUGAUACAUUUGAUUCUGCAGACCUUAAGAAAUAUCCUAUAAAAACAGAAGAAGAAGAAGAUGGUGUCUCUUGCGAAGGCAUCCAAAAUGAAGAAUACAAUGCAAUAUUAAAAUAUCCCGGAAAUAACUUUAACCAAAAUUUAACUGCUACUACAGAUGUGAACACCGAAGAAAAACAUUUUGAAUGUGAAAUAUGCUCCAAACAAUUAGCAACAAAUUUUUGUUUAAAAGUACAUAUGAGAGUGCAUACUGGUGAAAAACCAUUUGAAUGUGAAAUUUGCAAGAAACAGUUUUCAUUGAAAUUAUAUUUGAAAUCACAUAUUAUGAGUGUGCAUACUGGUGAAAAACCGUUUAAUUGUGAAAUUUGUACCAAAACAUUUUCACUGAAGCAAGGUUUAAAGUUCCAUAUGAGAACGCAUACUGGUGAAAAACCUUUCGCAUGCAAAUUAUGCACCAAACAGUUUUCAAGGAAACAAAUUUUAAAGUCGCAUAUGAGAGUGCAUACUAUUGAAAAACCAUUUGAAUGCGAAAUUUGCACCGAACAGUUUGCAAGAAACACACAUUUAACUAGACAUAUGAGACUGCAUACUGGUGAAAAACCAUUUAAAUGUGAAAUUAUUUGCACCAAACAGUUUACAGGAAACACAGAUUUAACUAGACAUAUGAUAGUGCAUACCGGUGAAAAACUAUUUGAAUGUGAAAUUUGCAAUAAACAAUUUUCAACAAAGGGUUCUUUAACAAUACAUAUGACAGUGCAUACUGGUGAAAAACCAUUUGAAUGUGAAAUUUGCAAGAAACCGUUUUCAUUGAAAGUAUAUUUGAAAUCGCAUAUUAUGAGUGUGCAUACUGGUGAAAAACCGUUUAAUUGUGAAAUUUGCACCAAAACGUUUUCACGGAAACAAGGUUUAAAGUUCCAUAUGAGAACGCAUACUUGUGAAAAACCUUUCGCGUGCACAAUAUGCACCAAACAGUUUUCAAGGAAACAAAUUUUAAAGUCGCAUAUGAGAGUGCAUACUGUUGAAAAACCAUUUAAAUGCGAAAUUUGCACCAAACAGUUUGCAAGAAACACACAUUUAACUAGACAUAUGAGACUGCAUACUGAUGAAAAACCAUUUAAAUGUGAAAUUUGCACCAAACAGUUUGCAAGAAACACAAAUUUAACUAGACAUAUGAUAGUUCAUACCGGUGAAAAACUAUUUGAAUGUGAAAUUUGCAAUAAACAAUUUUCAACAAAGGGUUCUUUAAGAAUACAUAUGGCAGUGCAUACUGGUGAAAAACCAUUUAAAUGUGAAAUUUGCAAGAAACAGUUUUCAUUGAAAGUAUAUUUGAAAUCGCAUAUUAUGAGUGUGCAUACUGGUGAAAAACCGUUUAAUUGUGAAAUUUGCACCAAAACGUUUUCACUGAAGAAAGGUUUAAAGUUCCAUAUGAGAACGCAUACUGGUGAAAAACCUUUCACAUGCAAAAUAUGCAUCAAACAGUUUUCAAGGAAACAAUUUUUAAAAUCGCAUAUGAGAGUGCAUACUGGUGAAAAACCAUUUGAAUGCGAAAUUUGCACCAAACAGUUUUCAACGAAACAAGUUUUAAAAUGGCAUAUGAGAGUGCAUACUGGUGAAAAACCAUUUGAAUGCGAAAUUUGCACCAAACAGUUUUCAUCGAAACAAGUUUUAAAAUGGCAUAUGAGAGUGCAUACUGGUGAAAAACCAUUUGAAUGCGAAAUUUGCACUAAACAGUUUUCAAGGAAACAAGUUUUAAAAUCGCAUAUGAAAGUGCAUACUGGUGAAAAACCAUUUGAAUGCGAAAUUUGCACCAAACAGUUUUCAUCGAAAUCGCAUAUGAAAGUGCAUACUGGUGAAAAACCAUUUGCAUGUGAAAUUUGCACCAAACAGUUUUCAAGAAACACAGAUUUAACUAGACAUAUGAUAGUGCAUACUGGUGAAAAACCGUUUAAAUGUGAAAUUUGCUCCAAAAAGUUUGCAAGAAACACAGAUUUAACUAGACAUAUGAUAGUGCAUACCGGUGAGAAACCAUUUGAAUGUGAAAUUUGCAAUAAACAAUGUUCAACAAAGGGUUCUUUGACAAUACAUAUGACCGUGCAUACUGGUAAAAAACCAUUUGAAUGUGAAAUUUGCACCAAACAAUUUUCAGUUAAGCUAAAUUUAAAAUCACAUAUGAGAAUACAUACUGGCGAAAAACCUUUCACAUGCAAACUAUGUUCAAGACAGUUUUCACACAGCCGUAGUUUACAAGUACAUAUGCAAACUCACCGAUGAGAACAAUGUAAAAGCACAUCUCGCUUAUCCGGAAGAAAAGUGACACAACUAAAAAAUGCAUAAAUCGAGGUAUCUUGUAAAAUGACUCCAAAUAUCUAUAUAUCGAGUCACUUAAAAGAUGGAAUCCAAGAUCGCGUGAACACUCCAUGGAAGCAUCGACCGGUCGUUCAAAGCCAGACGUUCUAAGAACCGUUUACACCGUCAUUAUUUGUGUUUCGCACUUCCGCUGGUGAAUUUCGUUAAGAUGUGCUUAAAAUAUGGUUUUGUUGAGCGGUGUAAACGUGGGAAAAGUGGUUACAUCGGGAGAGGAAAGUUUAAGAGUGCGUGCCGUUCACGUGAUCAGUCCAUCUUUUCAGCGGCUAUAGACUAUAAUACUUUUAUCAGGAAAAAUGUCACAUAUAUGUUUACAUCCAACUUAGAAAGAUGGCGGUAGUUUCAUUAUUCCUUUGGCGGUAAAAUAAAUACUUUUAUUCCGGAACAAUGACACUUUUCAGUUAUGCUCCGACAUUUGACGUGAACUUAUCGUUAUUUUUCACAUAAACCGUUGUAUUUCGAGAAGUGUCCUAGGUAUUUUUCGUUAAUUUUAAACAAAGUGACCAACAUUUUAAAGAAAAGUGAGAUAACUCAAAAUGUUGAUCAUUUUUAUUUAUUAAAUCAAAUAUGUAUUAUGUGUUUGUAAAUUUGGUUCUUUAGUUAUUAUUGUAAUAGUUAUUUUGAAUUUACUGAUUUAUUUUUAGCGCUUAUAUUUAAAUAAAAACACUUAAUUAAUA